UAAAAAAAAAAAAAAGGCAAGGAAAGGAUAAUUAGAUUGCAGUACAGACUACAGAGUGCCAUGUGAAAAGAUUGAAAGAUCAUCAAAGAUAAAAGAGAUAAGAGAAAGAAAGAAAGAUGGAGAAAAUGAAAGAAAUGGCAUACACAGCAACAACCAAGCUAAUGUUGGGUGCUCUUGAAAGGAACUUAUUGCCUGAUGCUAUUAUUAGAAAGCUUACUCGUCUUCUUUUAGCAAGUCGCCUUCGUUCUUCCUACAAAUCUUCCUCUCAACUUCAACUCUCUCACCUUAUCCACUUCGUUCAUUCUUUGAAAGAAAUGCCGAUAGCAAUUCAGACUGAUACGGCGAAAUCUCAACACUAUGAGCUCCCUACUUCAUUCUUCAAGCUUGUUUUAGGAAAGCAUCUCAAGUACAGUUGCUGCUAUUUUUCGGAUAAGCAGACAAACUUAGAUGACGCAGAGAAGGUGAUGUUAGAUUUAUAUUGUGAAAGAUCAGGGAUAGAAGAUGGUCAUACUGUUCUUGAUGUUGGAUGUGGCUGGGGGUCACUCUCUUUGUACAUUGCACAAAAGUACAGUAAUUGUAAGGUCACCGGAAUUUGCAAUUCAACGACGCAGAAAGCGCACAUUGAGGACCGCUGUAGGGAACUCCAGCUGAAAAACGUUGAAAUCAUAGUAGCCGACAUCAGUACUUUCGAAAUGGAAGGAUCUUAUGAUCGUAUACUGUCUAUCGAAAUGUUUGAGCAUAUGAAGAACUACAGAGAUCUUCUGAAGAAGAUAUCCAAUUGGAUGAAACCUGAUGGACUUCUAUUUGUUCAUUAUUUUUGUCAUAAAACUUUUGCAUACCACUUUGAGGAUGUUAACGACGAUGACUGGAUCACUCGUUACUUCUUCACUGGAGGAACAAUGCCUGCAGCAAAUUUACUCCUUUACUUUCAGGAUGAUGUCUCUAUCGUCAACCACUGGCUUGUAAACGGGAAGCAUUAUGCACAAACAAGUGAAGAGUGGCUUAAACGGAUGGACCGGAACAUCGCUUACAUAAGACCGAUAAUGGAGAUGACCUACGGCAAGGAUUCAGCUGUAAAGUGGACAGUAUAUUGGAGAACCUUCUUCAUAGCAGUGGCUGAGUUAUUUGGGUAUAACAAUGGGGAAGAAUGGAUGGUUGCUCAUUUCCUAUUUAAGAAGAAAUGAGAUGCUUAUGCUGCUGACUUUUUCCCUUGCCCAACCAGAAUCUAUGGACUAUGAUCAACCAUCAGAUAUGGCAGAUGAAGCUGAUAUUCAUCCUCUUUACAUAAUAGUGUAGAUCCAACCAGUUUUGCUAAGUACAGGAAUGCAACGUGUUCGUGCUGCACUGCUGCUUCUUUUUGUCAACAUUUAUCCUCUUGAUUAAAGAUGAUUUCAUAUCCUGAUUCUAGAGAUAUUUCUUGAUUAAAGAUUUUUAUAUCGUCUAUUUUCUUGAUCAAAUUUUUUAGAUUAGAAAUGUUUUCAUCAGCUGCUUCAUUCAAUUUCGGGAAAAAGUUGUUGCAGAGGAUGUGCAGCUCUUCGUUAAAGUCGAAGACUAGCUCAAUAUCAAUUGAAUUGUACUGCAAGAUUUCUGCUACAGAUCUGAACUGUGCAGACUCGUAUCUUACUUUAGGUCUCUAUGUUUUGGGUUCUUUGAUUAAUGAAUGAUUACCUUAAAAGUAAUGAAGUGAUGGCUUUGUAUACACAGAAAUGUCAUACCAGCUUUUAGUUACAA